AUGGAUUUCUAAAGGAAACCGGAAGUGGGCGCAGGGGUUUUGUGGAGGUGACCGAAUGGCAGACUGUAGAAUAUUUCUGUAAACAUUUUAUUUUUCCUAGUGAACAAAAUCAGUCAGCGAUAAAUACAUUUGUGCCUUCGGGGUGCUAACAUCACCGUAGCCAUGGGCGCUCACCUGGUCAGGCGGUAUGUCACCGAAACGGACACCGAGCCGGAUCCUGCCAAGAAGUUCGAGUUCGACCCGGACUUCGGCUUCGGAGAGAGGAAGGAGAGAGAGAUGAUUGCAACCCAGGAUCAGAUGAACUUGGCCCAGCUGCCUUUGGGGCAGAGGGAUUACUGUGCCCACCAUCUACUAAAGCUCAUGAAGUGUAAGAGGGACAACUGGCCCAACUUCCUGGCCUGCAAGCAUGAGAGGCACGACUGGGACUACUGUGAACACCAGGAUUACGUGAUGCGUAUGAAGGAGUACGAGAGGGAGAGGAGGCUCCAGCUGAGGAAGAAGAGGAUCGAGGCCAAGGCAGAAGCUGCAUGAUCGGGAAACCCUCUGAUUCUACUUCUUUGUAUAUAAGCCUGCUAUUGUUCACAUUAAACAAUAUUGAUCAAGCUCUA